UUCACAUCAGGGGCAUUAUGCCAUGUCGACUAGCCGUUUCACCGUGAGCUCCACGUUGCCGGGUCUUUAGCAUUCCUUUAAGGCUGUCCUGCGACAUUAGCCCCCAAGGUGGGUCUAAGUUCAAGCCGGGUGCUUGCCAGCUCUCAGACACCCUCUCAUCCCUUUGUACGUCCUCUACAGGUGAUUGUGCACCUCGAGGGAGCCUUGUCCACCGCUGGCCAUCAGUGACCCAAAGCUCCCAUACUUCCCUCAAGUAUGGGAGUUGUGUUAAAUUUCUCGACCCUGAGGCGUGUCCAGAGCCUGGACGUAGGUGCUUGGAGCCUUCAAGGCAUAGCCUUUGGCAAAUACAGGGAGCAAGCUCAGUCCAAGGCAGGCUGGCUGAGGCGCCAGGGGAGGCUCGCUAGUCUCCCCCGUAGCCAAAAUACAAGCAGCCAGCGGGCCAUGAUAGUAGGCAGUCUAGCUGAAGCAUAUGUGAUGAGGAAGAUGUAUGCAGAGAAGCUCAAGAAGAUGGAAGCUGAGGACAAGAGCAAAGAUGAAGGUUCCAUUAAAGGGAAGCAAAGUCAUGGCAUUUUUGGACUAGGGAAGAAGGUUCACCCUGCCUGUUUUUUAUCAGAGUCAGUAGGAAAACCGCCAAGAGAAGAUAAUUCUGAUGGUGAGAUGAAAUCAAAGUGAUUUUUUGAGAAUGAACCGCAACGAUAAGCGCAAACAAUAUUUUUUUGUAUUUUCUUUUAUGUUUAUGAAUCUUUUUUUUCUUCUUUUUAUAGGUUUUCUUUAAGCGACAAUUGUGUAAAAAUGGACCAUUUGUUUAUCUUAUGGAAUAUGAAAGUUUAUUGAAGACAUAAGUUGUGAUUCUGUAUCAUAUUUAUGUCGCUCAAAUUAACAAACAUUUAAAUAAA